CAUGCUUGAUGACUUUAGAAUACAAUCGGCAUCAUCUAAACUCAUUAAUUGAUUUAGUUUAUUUCAGUGUUUAAAUUUCAAUUUUGUAUUCAAUUCACCCGUAAAAAUAUAUGUUAAAAGAAAAAAAGAGAGAAAUUGGAUAACUUCAAAAGCGCAAGAGCUUGUUCUUUCUUUAUACGUGUAUCAACUGUUAGAUAAAGUAAAUAAAAAUGAGACGUGGUUGUAUUGGUUGAUUUUUUUCAUAUGGAUUUUAAUGAAUUUAGUAUUUUGUUGAAUUUUAAAGUCCUGGAAAUUCAUUGCUUUCAACGUACAUUUCUGUUAAGUGUAUAAAAGUGAAAUAGACGAAAGAAAAUUUAAAGUUAUUGAUUUAAGUAAUUAAAAGAAAUAUAUUUCUACGAUGUUGGUGACACGGUCAUUAAUCUGUUGUCACUAUUUAUUGUUUGUGUUACUAAUUCUUUCCCAUGAAGGCAAGGCACUAAAUGUUGACCCACAUCUUCGAGAAAAAAGACAGGUCGAUUGUGCGGAAAAGUACAAGACAAUCACUUCAGAUCAUUCCGCGUGCAAAGAACCCUCAAGUGACGUACAAGCCUCAGGUGUAUCGAGCGAUGACGUCACUACUAUAUUAAACCACCAUAACAAGGCCAGGCGCGAGGUGUCUCCAACGGCAACCGAUAUGAUGAAGAUGAUGUGGGAUGACGAAAUAGCCAACACUGCACAGAGAUGGGCGGAAAACUGCGUUCAAAGUCACGACGAUAACUAUAAAAGAUACGCAUUUGGUCGGUUUACUGUUGGUCAGAAUUUGGCGAUGGGCUAUUCAGACUGGAGUAGCGCUAUGCAGGGCUGGGAAGACGAAAAGGCCGAUUAUGAUUAUGCUACAAACGGAAGUCCAACUAAUCAAGUUGUCGGACAUUAUACUCAGAUGAUUUGGGCCAAAAGUUCAAAGAUAGGUUGCGGAUAUGCAAAAUGCGGGACCACACAUUACUACGUAUGCAACUAUGGUCCUGCUGGAAACUCUGGCAGCGAUAAACCAUACACGUCUGGCGGAAAGUGUACUGCGUGUUUCAGCAAUUGCGAUGAUGGUCUAUGUGACUGUGGUGGAGUUGUUUGCCUGAAUGGGGGAACUAUGGACUUUAGUACAUGCACGUGUAACUGUGUAAAUAACCUGCCGUUUUUCUUGGCACCCACGUGCGGCUUAAACUGUGACGGAAAUAUAGAAGCGUCAUAUUGCAACCAGUAUGGGGCCAGCAAAUGUGAAAUAUUCAGCAAUGUGCCACAGGAAUGUCCUGUAAUGUGUAACUGGUGUCCGAGUGCUGCGUUCGAGCCUCCAGUCGUAGCUAGCACGACAACAACACAACAACCUACUGGCACCAGCACGACAACAACACAACAGGCAACCGACACAAGCACGACUGGCGCCACUCCGCAAGUCACAGAAACGCCAACCAUUUCCACUACAGCUACAGCACACAUGGUUGUCGCAAGCAGCUUUAUGUGUAUUGUUGUUGUUGUUCUUAUUACAAUAUUUGCAUAACAAGACAGUGGCGACAUUUUUCUUUUUCUUUUUUUUAAACUUUUUACGAUGAAUCUUUUCAUAUCAUUUCAUACAUGUAUCAAGGUAUGCUCAUCUUACUAAUUAUACUUUUUUUUCUAUUAUAAUCUGAGUUUAAACUUAUUAUUGCGUAGAAAAAAAUCUACUUCCGGCACAUGCAUAAGACGAUACAAGUUGAUUUUGUGUCAGCUCGCAAUAGAUGAUGCUGUGAUUGGAAGAAAAAGGUGCUUGUAAUUUUGAAAAUACAUACCCAUUGAAUUGCAUAUACUUGCAGUAAAUGAUACAGUUAUUUCGUUUCCUAACUAUAUCAGUUUGAAUGAUAUUCUUGUUAACAUUUGUGUGAAAUAAAAUCGUUAUUAAUCAGAGUA